AUGUUUAUGUUUCCAGAACCACCGCCGGUGGACUAUUACAUAACCGACGUUUCUCAGGCGUAUUUGUCGGAUGGAAUUUUUCACCAUGGAAAUCCAGCCCCCACCCAUAAAUACGUGGCUAAACAGCUGAAACCUAUCAAAAGAACUCUAAGCGACCCAGUAGCGCCAAUACAAGUAUUGGACUCGCGUACUUUAAACCAAUGGAUUAAAAAGGAGAAGGAAGGGUACGUGGACCCUUGCGGUCGCGAUGAUGGAAUGGUGUACGAAACACUUAAAUUGAUGCCUAAGUGGAAACGUGAUCGACAUACGUCGCAUUCGUGUACGUACUAUUAUUAUAAUUACGAGACGUUAGGAAAAGAGUUUGAUCGAUGGUCGCAAAUCCCCAUCGGGAAGCUAACAUCGAGACACGUUUCUAAUGCAAUUAAAAUUUUCCAAUUUCCAGCUCCGUUCUCAAUUUUUCCGCGAUCGCCGCAGUACGAACUGUGGUAUAUUCGCGACAAACGUCUGAAGGAAUUCGCAAAACGUAAAGCCACUACCGUGGAAUGCUCUAAAAGAGAAGAAACGACCAAGUAAACGACGAACGACGAUUGUGGUUUGCUGAAACCGCCAUUUUGGUGGAAGGACAAAACCACAAGGCUUCGAAGUUUUCCUGUAGGAAACAUAGACGACUACAGAUUCGAGAAACUGAAAGAAUCCGUCCAAGACGGUGGAAAAAUCAGCGAAAGACUUCGUUUGGAUCAUCCGAAGAAAUACAUACCGGGCGCGAUUCAUCGAAUAAAAAAUCCAGAAGACACAAGUAUGAAGGACACCCUCGACCAAGCAGAUGCUUUUAAGGUGGUUCUAAGAAUGGACGAAACCUUGCCAGACGAUGGUCCACCGAUUGAUAAAUGCGAUUGCCCUGUGCGAAAACCACGUGUUCCAGUUCUUCGUGGCUCGAAAUGGAAUCAGUUCGCGCGGGACGCUGAUAAAACGUUGCUCGAUAGGGACGAACGGUGGCAACCGCUCAGCGAGGAGAUAGAUUUCUCAGGAACUGAUUUGGAACGACAGGAAGAACUACGAAAAUUAACUAAACCGUUUCUGCACGAUUUGCACGCGUGGUACUCGAGGAACAAACCAACGAAACUCAUUUUACCUAUCAGAUCACAGGGGUAG